UAUAUAAACUGGGGGAUCUUCUUUGAGAUUCAUUCAUUACUUGUGUCUCAUCUGAUUAGGUAGCAUUUGAUUCCAGUAGCAGUGUUUUCCAGUGAAAAUCGUUUAGGAUUUUACUCUUUCAUUUCAACAUGAAUAAGAUCAAUAUACUGUUCAUACUUAUUUGGGGUUUAGUAGCUGCUGAACCUCCAGUACCAUCAUACCUACCACCUUCGCAGGGUGGAUAUUCAAAUGGAAAACCAAGUUCGGCUUAUGGACCACCUGGAUAUCAACCAGGAACGCCAAUAGGCCCAAAUGGUAACGGUAAUGGAAAUGGUAACGGUAACGGAAACGGUAAUGGAAACGGUAAAGGAAACGGAUAUCAAGGUCCAACCUAUCUUCCACCAGUUAAUGGAAAUGGAUACGAUGUAGACAGCGAUCAAGUCCCUGGAUCAAGCUACCUGCCACCUAACGGUAACGGAAACGGCGCUACAAACGGUAACGGAAACGGUGCUACAAACGGUAACGGAAAUGGUAAUGGAGGCCCUAGCGCAACUUAUGGAGCUCCAACUGCCACUUACGGUCCACCCAGCACCACAUACGGCGUACCAAACGGAAACGGAAAUGGUAACGGUUAUAGAAACGGCAAUGGUAACGGUAAUGGAAACGGCAACGGUAACGGUAAUGGUAAUGGAAACGGUAACGGCUAUAGAAAUGGUAACGGAAAUGGCAACGGUAGACCAAGUAGCACUUACGGUGCACCCAAUGGCAAUGGAAACGGUAACGGCAAUGGCAAACCCAGUUCAACCUACGGUGCUCCAGCAAACGGUAACGGUAACGGUGUAAGUCAAACUUAUGGACCACCCAGUUCCACAUACGGAGUACCAAAUGGCAACGGUAACGGAAGGAAUGGUAAUGGUAAUGGAAGAAAUGGUAAUGGCAACGGAAGGAACGGUAAUGGUAACGGAGGAAAUGGCAAUGGUAGACCCGCUUCAACUUAUGGUGCUCCAAAUGGAAAUGGAAACGGAAAUGGACGUCCAGGAUCUUCCUAUCUACCUCCCAGUAAUGGAAAUGGAAACGGUAACGGACGUCCCAGUUCCACCUACGGUGUACCUUCUAAUGGAAAUGGAAAUGGCAUCAGUGCUACCUAUGGACCACCCAGUUCCACAUAUGGAGUGCCUAAUGGUAACGGAAACGGCAAUGGAAAUGGUAAUGGUAACAGAAGAAAUGGUAAUGGCAACGGAAAUGGUAACGGUAAUGGACGUCCUAGCUCUACCUACGGUGCACCAUCCAAUGGAAAUGGUAAUGGCAUCAGUGCUACCUAUGGACCACCUAGUUCUACUUAUGGAGUGCCUAAUGGUAACGGAAAUGGUAAUGGAAAUGGUAACGGUAACGGACGUCCUAGCUCUACCUACGGUGCACCUUCCAAUGGAAAUGGUAAUGGCAUCAGCGCUACCUAUGGACCACCUAGUACCACUUAUGGAGUGCCUAAUGGUAACGGAAAUGGAAAUGGUAACGGUAACGGACGCCCAAGCUCAACCUACGGAGUACCUUCCAAUGGCAAUGGUAAUGGAAGAAAUGGCAACGGCAACGGAAACGGUAACGGCAACGGUCGUCCUAGCUCCACCUAUGGUGUACCUUCCAAUGGAAAUGGUAAUGGCAUCAGUGCUACUUACGGCCCACCGAGUACCUCUUAUGGAGUUCCUAAUGGUAACGGAAAUGGUAAUGGAAACGGUAACGGUAAUGGUGUAAGCUCAGUUUACGGUCCACCAAGUCCUGUAUAUGGUGCCCCUAACGGAAACGGUAAUGGAAAUGGUAACGGAUACAGAAACGGAAAUGGCAAUGGAAAUGGUAACGGCAAAAAGAACGGUAAUGGUAAUGGAAAUGGUAACGGUUAUAGCAACGGAAACGGCAAUGGCAACGGUUAUGCUAAUGGAAAUGGCAACGGUAACGGCAAAAAGAACGGUAAUGGUAAUGGAAAUGGUAACGGAUAUAGCAAUGGAAACGGCAAUGGUAACGGCUAUGCUAAUGGAAAUGGAAACGGCAAUGGCAAUGGUAACGGAUACAGUAACGGAACACCAGGACCAAGCUACUUGCCUCCCACAAACGGUUACGGUUACGGAGGUGCAGAAGAAUCAACAGAAGUGGCGAAAUACGAAUUCGAAUACGAGGUCAACGACCCAGAAUCCGGAAACCAGUUCGGACACAAAGAACAGAGGGAUGGAGAUUUGACAACAGGCGAGUACAAUGUAUUGUUACCAGAUGGCAGAAAACAAAUUGUGUCAUACGAAGCUGACACUGAUGGUUACAAACCCACCGUUACAUAUGAAGAAGGAAACGGUAACGGUAACGGUUACCCACGUGGACGAAACAGCAAUGGUAACGGCUACUCCAAUGGUAACGGAAAUGGUAAUGGUAACGGAUACUCAAAUGGAAAUGGCAACGGAAAUGGAAACGGAUACUCAAAUGGAAAUGGAAAUGGAAACGGUAACGGAAACGGAAACGGAAAUGGUAACGGAUACUCCUAUUGAAUGCAACGAAAUCGGCAUCUUCACAUAUCGAACAAAAAGUAAACUGAGGGACCUGAAUAUUUGUUUGGAUUUUUGAAAAAUGGUAUAUGAAUAAACUCAACAACAGAAUCUCUUCCUAACCCAUUUUGAAUUUUCAAAACGAAAUUCGAAAAAUUAUGUACUUAUCUCUAGUCUUUUUCAAGGAGAUUCUACUGAUGAUUAUUCUAACCUUCAUUGUUCAUCGAUAAAAAUCACUUUAUUUAAUAUUUCACCCCAUUAUAAACUAGUUGUUCGUAUGUUUCUUGUAUAUAAAAUAAUUGAGAAGUUCUCAAACUGUAAUGGUAAUGGAAUUUUUUUUAAUGACGACUGCUUGCCUAGGAUAUGAUGAAACUUUUGUAUGACAUAUUGUGUAUAGUAAUUUAUAUGAAAAGAAUAAAUGGUUUAUAAAUA